AGCCCCGUUUACACUGCCCGAGCAUUCGUCGCAAACAGGAGUGACGAACGAUCAUUCGUUCGAGGCUCAGGCAGUGUAAACAGUUUCGGCGAGCCGAGCAAGGUCGAAUCGAAUGCUCGUUCGUGCUCGAGCCUGAUCCGCCCGAUGUCGGUUUUCCGGCGAAUCGUCAAAGGGAUGCUCGUUCGCCGCUCGCUCAGUGUAAACACCUCGGGUUUCUUCGAACAGCGUUCACCGAAUUCUGUUCUUGCCUACUGGCUGUCGAGUUCACACGUCUCCCAUUUCGAGUGUGGAAUUCCUUCUUUAGUUUAUUCUGUGUAGUAAUUUUUCGUGAAAGCAGCAUGGAGUGGGAGAAUGAAAAGUGCCUCCUUUUAGUUUCUCUUUAUGAGGGGCACCCAGAGCUGUGGCAGCCGAACCACAAGCUGUACUUCAACAAAAUUAAAAAAAAUGACGCUUGGGAAGCUAUAGCGACGCAGUUGGAGACGACAUACGACACCGUCAAAAGCAAAAUAACCUCCUUGUUGGCUUCCUUCAGGAGGGAGAAGAACAAGGAAGAAACUUCAAAAGGGACUGGAAAAGGUGCAGACGAGAUCUACAGGAGCAAAUGGUUUGCUUACGAAGCUUUUGGGUUUUUGAAGGAUAAGAACAAGUUCAAGGAAACCAUCAACUCAUGUACUUCACAAAACGCUUCAAAGGAGAAUGAUUCACAGGUUGAGCUCAUUCAGGAAGAGGACGACAAUACAAGUGAAUCUGCUUCCCAAAUUACUCAAACCCUCCCUCAUCAGCAAUCUCAAGAGAUACGAUCGGCUUCCAGUCAAACGGCACUGGGUUUUGCAAAGCCUACUCCAAUGAAGCGCAAAAGAACGCCAGCCUCUCCACGGUCUCAAGUUGACGAGGUGGUCGGCAUACUGCAUAAUGCUGUGAGGCGUGAUGCUUGUGAUGUGUAUGGUGAGCAUGUUGCGAUGAAAUUAAAAUCUUACUCCAAGAGGACACAAGCGUUUGUCCAGCACCACGUCAACAACAUUCUUUUCGAAGCCGACAUGGGCCGCUAUGACGAACUUCCUCAUCAAAAUCACCGGUUUAUCUCAUCAGUUUCGCCGAAUUAUUCAGCCUCUCCGUCCCCUGCUACUACGUUUUCGUCAGCGAAUUCUGGCCCACCUUCUCCGGCUAUUUUACUACAUCCACAACAGACUACACCAGAGUACAGUGGGGACUCUACUUCACCUCUGUCCUCUCUUCCUACAUACCACCAUCUAGAACCUCAACCCCCCACCACAGACCAUUCACAUCAAUCAAGCAGUGAUGAUGCAGAUCCGCUCGCCUCCGUAUUUGCCUCGGAUCCUGGAACUGGGGUACCCUCAGAAGCAGGAACAUUCUUUUCCUCGUUCUGUUAAAAUAUUCACACGUUUGCACUUUAUUCAAUAGUUCCGUUCAACGUUUUUCAUGUACUUAUUCCAAAUAUAUAUAUUUCCAAAAAUAAAAUUAUAUUAUACA